CACUAAACCUCUUUGAGCGAACCUUGCGAGGAAUCAUCUCGUCCCCCAACUCUUUUUUGGGUCUCGCCAGUCUAUUAGCCGAAUGAAGUGCUUGCUUUUGCAAGGCAGGCCCUGAGAACCCCCAUGAGGUUCAAUCAGAUUGCUCCCUGCAACGGGUGUCUCCGCUGUUCCAGGUGGCGCCCAGAGACGGGCAGUCAGGAGGAUGGGGAUCACUAUUGAACGGACGAGAAUAGAGUAAUGGGGCAGAGUUUGGAAGAAUCUCUUAUCACAGUUCUUCCUUUUUUUCUUCUUCUUUAUAGGCACAGCCUCUUCCUUCCUGGUGCCCUGUUUUCCCUUUUCUUUUCGCCGAUUGGUACCCCGUGCAUAUUCAUGAGCAUAUAUCUAUGUCCAACAGCAAAUAGCUCAACCCCUCUUUAAGCUCGAUUAGCGCUCAGCCUGCCUCUUCGGUGUCAUUCGUUCUCUAAUUCCUAAUCGUACAUUAUAUCUGCAGCGUGCUUCUCUGCCUCAAAAUCGCCUUCUCUCCUUACUCUAUCCACAGACGCACUUGACCUCCUCAUAUAUUCCUCGACAUACUGGGUCUCGACCACCCCGGCCUUCCAUUUGCGCCAAUAUGUCGGGCCUUAAUACUACUGCAGAAUAUGAAUUCAAGAAACAAUUGACCUAUGGCUGCCAUGCAAAGAUCGAUGGCUACGGCACCUCAUAUGGCUACGUCCCCUCGCUGGCUGCGGGCAUUGUAUUUUGUGUCCUCUUCGGUCUGUCGAUGUUGCUCCAUACAUUGCAGCUGGUGUGGAAGAGGACCUGGUGGUGCUCUGUCUUCGUUCUUGGAUGUAUCACGGAGGUCCUGGGCUGGGCAGCACGUACCUGGUCUGCUGAAUGUCCAUACAAUGGAACCGCCUUUCUCAUGCAAAUCUCUACCUUGAUCAUCGCCCCCACUUUCUUUACCGCCGGGAUCUACGUGCUCCUGGGCCGUUUCAUCCACCUGUUGGGGCCCGAGACCUCAAUUUUGAGUCCGAAACUCUAUCUCUGGAUUUUCGUCACCUGCGAUAUCAUCUCAUUGGUUGUCCAGGCUGUGGGUGGUGGCAUGGCGUCGAUGGAAGUCAACAAGGUCAACGGCGAUACUGCUCCAGGCACGCACACCAUGGUCGCCGGUAUCGUGUUCCAGCUGGCGUCUAUCACGGUCUUUGUUUUCCUCGCCGCUGAUUUCGUCCGUCGCACUCUCCGUAUGCGGAUCUUGCAAACCAUGACCGGCACGAUCAUCCCUCUUCUCGGUGCGAUGAUCUUCUCUGUCCUCUGCAUCUACAUCCGGAGUAUUUAUCGAACCAUCGAGCUGUCGCAGGGGUGGUCUGGCUACUUGAUCACGCACGAACGGUACUUCAUUGUCCUGGACGGCAUUAUGAUGGUCUUAGCUGUGGGUGUGUUUAACAUCUUCCAUCCAGGAUGGCUGCUACCUAAGAAUGAGGUCAAGCCGUUCCACCGCGAGAUCUACUCUCCUGACGGGGUAGCCAGUGGAAUGGAGAUGCGGUAACUUUGUCGCUUCUCAUUAUUCCUACUUUCAAACUCCAGACAUUUAUACUUCAAUCUGACCCCAUUUCUCCAUGAGAAAGCAAGUCCACGUGCCUUGCCCCUGGUCUCUAAUAUGCCAACGCAGCGUUUUUAAAAAGUCGAUAGAUGCAUUGGAGUGUGGCAUUGUGUAAUUAGCUUUUCCUUUCCAACUUUAAUGAACUAGAUGAUUCCCCCUGCUCAGCACCAUGGAAAUCCAUCAACUAUAAUUAAUCAUUGAACCAACGGUAU